GAUUUCCCGGGGGGGGGGGGAGGGGGAGGAGGCGACACAUCAUUUCAGCAGUAGGGGUGCAUAUAGGGGUGUCUUGUAUGGGAAAGGGCAAGGCUGUGGGUUUUAGUCCUGCUUGAGCUGCAGAACCCUGGGCAACUAACUGCAUCUCACUGAGUGUCCUCUUUUCCUCCCCCUUCAAAUGGGAGCCCCUGGUCGCCUGUGAAGCUCAGGGUGGGUGGGGCAUAACUGACCGCGGCAAGCCCCCCACCCCCACCCCGUCUGUUGGGGGACCAGGAGUCAGCUCCCUACGUAUUGAAGAACCGCUGUUUCCUUCUUCGUCACGUCUGCUGCCUGUGAGCCUGGGAAGGAGCGCUUUCAAAGCCUGUAGUUUCGUCCUGUCUCGUAAACUCAGAUCCGUAGCGGUUAAUAAACUGCGAUGCACGAUGUAAGCUCGGCUCCGAGGAAGUGCACUGCCUGACCAGGCCCUUACGUCACAAUUGCGUCUGGUGGUUCUGCCGGAGUUCUGGCUGCUGGAGUUCCUGGGAUUUUAGCUCAGCCCCUCGGGCUACGCCGAGAGGGCCUGGGGGAGGGGCGUGGCGCGCGGUAGGAACCCCACGGGCCUCGGUUCCAACGGCCCCCUGGGUCGAGAGUGGAAGGGAGGGAAGAGGUGGGAGACCCGGCCUCCUUCGCUGGCCUCCUCCUCAGCCGCCCACUGCCCGGCCCCAUGGUCCCCGCCGCCGGCGCGCUGCUCUGGGCCCUGCUGCUGAGUCUGGGGCCCCGGCUGGCGGGGGCCCAAGGCCUGACUUCCACCGAGUCGCAGCGGGUAAGUUUCCGCUCCGGGGUCCCUAUGUCCCGCAACUACCGGACCACCCCCCGGACCGGCGCUCCCAAGAAGAUGAGGGUAACAAUGGAGGACGAGGAUGACCUCGUGGCCCGUGCCGACCGCCUGGCAGGCCCGGCCGCGGCCGAGCUUUUGGCCUCCACGGUGGCCACAGGCGUCAGAAAGUCAAUUGUGUCAUCGCCGGAGGAAGAUGAGUCUUUGGAAGAGGGGGUUGUGAUCAACGCCAGAAAGAGUAAUGUGAGCGGAGAGGCUCUCCGAGCGACUUCCAAUACGGCGAGGAUGCCCAACCCAAGGUUUAAAGCAAAUACCCAGGAGCCCGAGAUCAGGAUGUCUUCUUCAGACCAGCGGGCCAACACGUGGAUGUCCACUGAGGACUUGGUUCAUCCCGAGAGUACCAUGAGCCAGUGGUCAACAGCAGGGUCCACCCCGAGACCGUGGCCACACCCCUCACCAACAGCCAUGCCGCCAGCAGAGGACCUGCGGCUGGUUCUCAUGCCCUGGGGCCCAUGGCACUGCCACUGCAGGUCAGGCACCAUGAGCCGGUCCAGGGCAGGCAGGCUGCAAGGCCUUUCCGGGCGCCUUCGAGUUGGAGCACUGAGCCAACUCCACACAGAGCACCGGCCUUGUACCUACCAGCAGUGUCCCUGCAACCGGCUUAGGGAGGAGUGCCCUCUGGACGCUGGUCUCUGCCCUGACACCAGCUGCACCACUCAGACCACCACCACCACCACCACUACCACUCCCAUACCGCCCCUCAGCUCUAGACUCAGACCCACCCCCUUCCUCUUCUUUGGCCCCAGCCCCAGCCCCAGUUCAGCCCUUGCUUUUUGGAGACGAGUCCGGAUCGGGCUGGAGGAUAUUUGGAACAGUCUGUCUUCAGUGUUCACAGAGAUGCAACCACUAGAGAGAAACCGCAGGUAAUGGCCACUUCAUCCUCAAGAGAAGGUGUCAGCAUCUCAGCCUCCUCACCCUUUCAAUCCCAGAACCUACUGGAUAU